AUGAUGGCGGACGCCAGAGUGCUGCUGGUGGCCGGGGCUCUUCUCUGCUUUGGAGGAAGCCUUGUCUCUGUGUAUGUGGCCGUCACGCACGAUCCGAACCGCAAGGAGGAUCGGCCUGUGCUGAAGCGAGGGGAGUACAUCGCCGGCGGCAGUGUUGUCGGUGCCCUGGUCAUGAUGUACCUGAUAACGCGCAGAUGA